UUGAGAACAUAAAGGUUUAUGUGGUCUUAUGAAGGAGAUUUCCAUCGUGUGAUGGUGGGGGACAGAGAAAGGCUGCUUGAAGAGAGAUGUAUGAUGUGACCUUGGAAUACAGUUCCCUGUUCAGGCCCAAGGCUGGUCAGGAUGCUGGAUACACUGGACUCUGUUCUCAGAAGUACUUUUCCUUCCAAGACAGCCAGCCAGCCAGCCAGUCUACAGUGAGUGGACCUAGGCUCUUCCUCUCCUCAUCAGGUCAGGAUAGCUCUAAGCCAGUGGUUACACAACCAAGGCAAAUGUUUCUAGGAUCCACUGACUUCAUCUCAUUGAAAUUCAGGAAGCUGUGUGCCUGCCCUUGGCUGAAGUGCAGUUUGGCUGAGCUUUAGUUCUACUUUUGAAUAGUUCUUGCCGGAAGCCCCUCACCCAGAGGCCAGCACUCCGGACAGCCGGACAGCAGCAGAGUGUGCCUUUUCCUGGUGCCAUGACACGGGAGGGCCAGUUCAGGGAGGAACUGGGCUAUGACCGGAUGCCCACACUGGAACGAGGACGGCAGGACUCAGGACGGCAGGACACAGGCAGCUACACCCCUGACUCAAAGUCCAAGGACCUGCAGCUAUCAAAGAGGCUUCCCCCAUGCUUCAGCUACAAGACAUGGGUCUUCUCUGUGCUGAUGGGGAGCUGCCUUCUUGUGACUUCUGGGUUUUCACUGUACUUAGGGAACGUGUUCCCCUCCGAGAUGGAUUAUUUGCGCUGUGCGGCUGGCUCUUGCAUCCCCUCAGCAAUUGUGAGCUUCGCCAUUGGGAGGAGAAACGUCAGCGCGAUUCCCAACUUUCAGAUAUUGUUUGUUUCUACAUUUGCUGUCACCACUACUUGUCUAAUCUGGUUCGGAUGCAAACUGGUUCUGAAUCCAUCAGCAAUAAAUAUAAACUUCAACCUCAUCCUGCUCCUGUUGCUGGAGCUUCUCAUGGCGGCCACAGUGAUCAUCUCUGCAAGGUCCAGUGAGGAGCCUUGCAAGAAGAAGAAGGGUUCCAUCUCUGAUGGUGGCAACAUUCUGGAUGAAGUGGCCUUUCCUGCUCGGGUCUUAAAAUCCUACUCUGUGGUAGAAGUGAUUGCUGGAGUCUCUGCUGUCCUCGGUGGGGUGAUUGCUCUAAACGUGGAUGAUACUGUUUCAGGCCCACACCUCUCGGUGACCUUCUUUUGGAUCUUAGUGGCUUGUUUCCCAAGUGCCAUUGCCAGUCAUGUGACAGCAGAGUGUCCCAGCAAGUGUUUGGUAGAAGUGCUGAUUGCCAUCAGCAGCCUCACAUCCCCACUGCUAUUCACAGCAUCUGGAUAUCUGUCCUUCAGCGUGAUGAGAAUUGUGGAGAUUUUUAAAGAUUACCCACCAGCCAUCAAAUUUGAGAAACCUCAUCUCAUGAUGCUGACUGUCUGGGACAUGGCCACACCUGUACAUCUGUUUCCAGUGUUCCUGGGGAGCACAGAGCCCUGGCAAGGUUCCUAUGAUGUGCUCCUGCUGCUGCUGCUGCUGGUGCUGCUGCUUCAGGGAGGCCUCAACACAGGCACUGCCAUCCAGUGUGUGAGCUUCAAGGUCAGCGCCCGGCUGCAGGCUGCAUCCUGGGACACCCAGACCUGCCCACAGGACCGUCCAGCUGGGGAGGUGGUCAGAAGCCCCCUGAAGGAGUUUGACAAAGAGAAAGCCUGGAGAGCCGUCGUGGUGCAGAUGGCCCAGUGACUGCAGGAUAAGGAAACUGAGUCACAGUGUUCGCCUGGACCCCAGCAUGUUCACCUGCACAGACACUAACCAUACUGCACCUACUGCUUCCUGACAUCCUUGUUCCCUCCUUGGAGGGCAGGCCAGGCUGCGAAGUGGUUUUCAUUUCUUAUAAUAGUUUAACUUUGACACAGGAAAAUGUUAACUGUUGUACCCUGUCAGAUGGGUCAGCUCAGGGCUUCUCAGGUGGCCCUGCUGCCUGAUCAAUCCUUGUGUCCCAGCCCUUUUCACGUCCUGAUUUGACCCUCACUCAUCCAGUGUCUGAUGUCUUGGUUGAACUGGGGCAUGUCUAUGUCUUUGCACACUUACCAAACUGCAGGGGCAUGAGAAUCACAUUGGCUUUGAUUAAAAUCAUGGCCACUACCAACUCCCCGUCCCCCAAAGGACACCUAGAUUCUCCCAGUUGACAAGGGCACCAGUGAAUCCACAGUGAGUUUGGCAUCUUGUAAAACAGGAAUUGUUUUAGGAAUGGCUUUCCAGAUGGUGCUUUCACUGAGGCUGCACCUCAAAGCAGUUUUGUUUCUCCUCCUAUCAGAGGUAAGCAGCAACAGGAAGACGGUGCUCCCUACUCAGCCCAGCUGUCUCACCAGUUGGUUCCAGGAAGGCUAGUGGUAAGGCUGGAGGUGGAUUUUGUAUUCCAAGGCCCCAAAAGACUAAUAGACUUGGGACUUCAAGACAGGGUGGAGCUGCCAGGGCCAGGGAGAUAGGAAAAUUCUCCCAGGCGUCUCACUUCUAAACACAGGUGACCCUGACUACCAGAACUGAUGAAAAGUGUGGUCAUUACUUUUUCAGUCAAACAAGUAUUCAGGUGAGACACCUGGAAAGUGCAAAGCAAGGGAGCUCUGUCUUCAUCCUGGGAGAGGCUUUCUGUCAUCUUCAUCCUCCAGAGCUCUAGAGGGCUGGGCCAUGGCCUAAACAAGCACCAUGAGAGGGGAGGUGACACUAACCUGCCCUUGUGCAGAUCCCAUUGGUCUUUGGCCUCCUGAAGCUCUGCACCUCGCUACUGGGUGGGGAGAGAGCCGUGGGCAGGCCACUGGACUGGCUAGGACACUCAGGGCCGGAAUGAGGCAGGAGGAAAGUUGAUGCUGGCUUGCAUGUUCUAAUUUUAGAGAGCUUAAAACAAUUCAUACAAAUGGAGUUUAAAAACUGUCUCUUGUACACUUUUGUUUGGCAUAGUUUAAUAUACUUGAGCAAUAAAAUGCUAACAUGCAAAUGUG